GCCCGUGGAAUGCCAACAAUGUAGCGAAUGUCCCGCUCGGGUCUGCGCGUCGGAACCGCGGCGUGAGCGCCCCGGGAAGAUGGAGCCGCCGCCGCCAGCGCCGCCACCGCUUCUCCGGGCUCCCCCGACCCUACGGGGUCAGCAACCACUGCCGCCACCGGCGCCCGGUCUCCCGGCGCGCGAGGUCCCGGAGCCGCGGGCCAGGAUGCCGCCGAGGGUGUAGAGCGCUCCCGGAGGGAAUGAUGAUCUUCAAAAUGAAAACUCUGGAAAAUUUUACAUUCUCUUUAGGAACUACAGGAAUUGAAGGACAGAAGAUGUUUGAAAGGAAGCUGUUCUGAAAAUGUUUACAAUUAACUGAUGCUAUUGCCCGUUCUCUUUUUAAAUAAUAAGACACUUUGAGAAGAUUGUAUUUAUGGUAAAAGGAAACUGGACUGACGAUGAGGCCAAAGACUUUUCCUGCCACAACUUACUCUGGAAAUAGCCGGCAGCGACUGCAAGAGAUCCGGGAGGGGCUAAAGCAGCCAUCCACGUCUUCCACCCAGGGGCUGCCUGUGGGACCAAACAGUGACACUUCCCUGGGGAGCAAAGAUGCCUCCAGGCAGCAGCAGAUGAGAGCCACCCCCAAGUUUGGACCUUACCAAAAAGCGCUCAGGGAAAUCCGAUAUUCCCUACUGCCUUUUGCCAAUGAAUCGGGCACUUCGGCCACAGCAGAAGUAAACCGGCAGAUGCUUCAGGAGUUGGUGAACGCCGGGUGUGACCAGGAGAUGGCUGGCAGAGCUCUCAAGCAAACAGGCAGUAGGAGUAUUGAAGCAGCCUUGGAGUACAUCAGUAAGAUGGGCUACCUGGACCCCAGGAAUGAGCAGAUUGUCCGGGUCAUCAAGCAGACCUCCCCAGGAAAGGGCGUGGUGCCCACCCCGGUAACACGGCGGCCCAGUUUCGAGGGUGCAGGGGAAGCAUUCCCAUCCUACCACCAGCUGGGAGGUGCAAACUAUGAGGGCCCUGCUGGGCUGGAGGAGAUGCCACGGCAAUAUUUAGACUUCCUCUUCCCGGGGGUCAGCCCGCACAGCACCCCUGGUCACCAGCACCCUCCCAAAGGCUACAGCACAGCGGCGGAGGCUGGCGCACAUUUCCCGGGCACACACUAUGGUCGUGCUCAUCUUCUAGCGGAGCAGCCGGGAUACGGGGUGCAGCGCAGCCCCUCCUUCCAGAGCAAGACACCACCAGAUGCCUAUUCUGGCCUAGCCAAAGCCCAGGGUGGCCCUCCUGCCAGUCUCGCCUUCCCUGCCCACACUGGGCUGUAUACCACUGCGCACCACAAGCCAGCCACUGUGGCUCCCGGGGCCCACCCACUGCAUGUGUUGGGUGCCCGGGGCCCCACCUUCGCUGGCGAUAGCCCCACACAGGCAGUUCUGACGCCAUCCAGGAACAGCCUCAAUGCCGACCUGUAUGAGCUGGGCUCCCCAGGACCCUGGUCUGCAGCCCCACUGACUCGCCGCGACUCGCUGCAGAAGCAGGGUCUAGAGGCCACCCGGCAGCACGUGGCCUUUCGGACAGGGCCCAGCAGGACCAACUCCUUCAGCAGCCCACAGCCCGAGCCUUCGCUGCCCGCCCCCAACACGGUCACCGCAGUGACGGCUGCGCACAUCCUGCACCCUGUAAAGAGUGUGCGUGUACUGCGACCCGAGCCCCAGACAGCCGUGGGUCCCUCUCACCCUGCCUGGGUACCUGCACCCUCAGCACCUUCCUCCGAGAGCCUGGAGACCAAGGAAGGCAGCACAGGCCAGCACCCAUUGGACGUGGACUAUGGUGGCUCUGAGCGCAGGUGCCCGCCGCCACCUUACCCCAAGCACCUGCUGCUACCCAGCAAGGCCGAGCAAUACAACCUGGACGUGGAUAGCCUAUGUGCCGGUGUCGAGCAGAGUCUGCGUGGGGGCGCCGAGCAGGACAGGAGUGACAAGAGCCACAAGGGUACCAAGGGAGACAAAGCGAGCAGGGACAAAAAGCAGAUCCAGACAUCCCCGGUGCCCGUCCGCAAAAAUAGCAAGGAUGAAGAGAAGAGAGAGUCCCGCAUCAAGAGCUAUUCCCCCUAUGCCUUCAAGUUCUUCAUGGAACAACAUGUAGAGAAUGUCAUCAAAACCUACCAGCAGAAGGUCAGCCGGAGGCUGCAGCUGGAGCAGGAAAUGGCCAAAGCUGGACUCUGCGAGGCUGAGCAGGAGCAGAUGAGGAAGAUCCUCUACCAGAAGGAGUCCAACUACAACAGACUCAAGAGGGCCAAGAUGGACAAGUCCAUGUUUGUGAAAAUCAAAACUCUGGGCAUUGGCGCCUUUGGAGAAGUGUGCCUUGCCUGUAAGGUGGACACUCACGCCCUGUACGCCAUGAAGACUCUGAGAAAGAAAGACGUCCUGAACCGGAACCAGGUGGCCCACGUCAAAGCCGAGAGGGACAUCCUGGCUGAGGCUGACAACGAGUGGGUGGUGAAGCUGUACUACUCCUUCCAGGACAAGGACAGCCUCUACUUCGUGAUGGACUACAUCCCUGGUGGGGACAUGAUGAGCCUGCUCAUCCGGAUGGAGGUCUUCCCUGAGCACCUGGCCCGAUUCUACAUCGCAGAACUGACUCUGGCCAUUGAGAGUGUCCACAAGAUGGGCUUCAUCCACAGGGACAUUAAGCCCGACAACAUCUUAAUCGACCUGGAUGGCCACAUUAAGCUGACAGAUUUUGGCCUCUGCACCGGAUUCAGGUGGACUCACAAUUCCAAGUACUACCAGAAAGGGAACCACAUCAGACAGGACAGCAUGGAGCCCGGUGACCUCUGGGACGAUGUUUCCAACUGUCGUUGUGGAGACAGACUAAAGACCCUGGAGCAGAGAGCACAGAAGCAGCACCAGCGGUGUCUGGCUCACUCUCUGGUUGGAACACCAAACUACAUCGCACCCGAGGUGCUUCUCCGCAAAGGGUACACACAGCUCUGUGACUGGUGGAGUGUCGGAGUGAUUCUUUUUGAGAUGUUGGUUGGACAGCCCCCUUUCUUGGCACCUACCCCCACGGAAACCCAGCUGAAGGUGAUCAACUGGGAGAACACGCUACACAUCCCGGCGCAGGUGAAGCUGAGCGCCGAGGCGCGCGACCUUAUCAUCAAGCUGUGCUGCUCAGCUGACAACCGCCUGGGCAGGGAUGGGGCCGACGACCUCAAGGCACACCCAUUCUUCAGCUCCAUCGACUUCUCCCGCGACAUACGGAAGCAGCCCGCACCAUACGUCCCCACCAUCAGCCACCCCAUGGACACCUCCAAUUUUGACCCGGUGGAUGAAGAAAGCCCCUGGCACGAGGCCAGCGGGGAGAGCACCAAGGCCUGGGACACGCUGGCUUCCCCCAACAGCAAGCACCCCGAGCAUGCCUUCUACGAGUUCACCUUCCGCAGGUUCUUCGACGACAACGGCUACCCUUUCCGGUGCCCGAAGCCGUCAGAGCCAGCCGAGAGCACAGAUGAGGGGGAUGCAGAACUGGAGGGUGCCGCCGAGAGCUGCCAGCCAGUGUACGUGUGAGUGCCAGUGGCCACACGUCUUGUGAAACUUGGAUCUUUGUCAAGAAAACACAAAACAAGAGUUUUUUUAAAGACAAACUCAAGUUAGGGAUCCUUCGUUUCUAGUUUUGGUUAAUGGGCAACAGGGAGGGUCACCAUGACUUCGAAUUGGUCCUCUGAGGACCUUCACUGCGUCAAAACAAUAUUUUUAAAACUCCAGUACAAUAUGGAAAGAGCACUUAUUUUAUGGACACCCAUUUUUCUUACUGAAUUAUAAGGAUUAACUUUGACAAAUCAUGCUGCUGUUCCUUCCAUUUGUGUUUUUAUCUGAUAGCACUUGUCCGCAUUUAGAAAGAACAUGUGAUGAGAAGUCUGUGCAAUAAGUGAGAACAAGACCGGGCUCCGCUCCGGGUCACGGAAACCGUUCAUCUACACAGUGCUUUGUUUAUAUCCCCACAUUUCAGAAUUGUGAUGUAACGUUUCAAAGCUGCUUUUGUGCUUUUUCCUUUGCAUAUUAUACUAGGAAGAGUGAGCAGAGAGAAGGUGGUGACUCCAGUGUCUGAUUGUGGGAAGCGCUGCACGGGCAGGGUUCCUGAUAUAAAAUUACCAUAUCUUGCCAUUCACAGCAGGUCCUGUGAAUAUGUUUUAAAUGAGGUAUUCUAGAAAGUGUGCUGAUAAUGUAUUGUGUGGGUGGUGAUUGUAGCCCUUAUU